AUGGCCGGACCAUGUUGCGACGAUGUCGUGGCAGGCUUCAUCAAGCUUCAUGACCUGGAAGGGCUGCAACAAUUUACGCCAAGCAACUAUGACUGGACCCGAGACGUCGGGGAAUUCGAUCUGCCUCCGCUGGUGUUGCUGAUUUGUGAAGAUGUUAGCAAACCCACUACGUUCUUGAAGUGUGCGGAAUGGAUGAUACAGUCUGGUGCGGACCCACAGCAAAAGGCAAAACCUCGGAUCUGUUAUAGUUGGUGGAAGAAUGACAACAAGGAUGCCACCAAAGUCUCAAUCGAGCUAGCUGGGCGGUCUGCGAUCUCACUAGCCUUCGAGCGCAUACGUGUUUUUAAAGAGGGCAAAGGAGGUGCAAAUUGGUCAGUUGAUAUCAAGCGCAUGCAAGACUUCGUCGCGAUGGCCGCGCGUAGGGCUGCUUGGAAAGACCAGAAGAUGGCCGUGCAUCAUCGCGUCAUUGAUCGGUGGGAGUCCUUCCGAAAUAUGACUUCCACGCACAACGUGAUUUUCGAAACUGCGGAUGGCGAGGUAUCAGCUCAUGAACAGAUGCUGGCAGUUGCAUCUCCUGUGCUGAAGGCAAUGCUGGAGUCAUGCAUGAAGGAAGGUUCAAGCAAGCACAUUCAAAUCAAGGAUUCCUCUGGAUCUGGCAUCUCGCUCUUCCUGGAUGCACUUUACACCGGAUCCACCUGUGUCGAGCCUCACUACAAGUCCAUGCUGGUCGCGUUGGAUUUGGCCCACCGAUGGCAAGUGGGCGACAUCGUCGAUAUGUUCUCCGGAUUCCUGCCGAACAUGAUCACGGUUGACAGCUCUGUCGAAAUUGCCGAAGCUGCCGCACUCAAAGGCUUAGAGCAACUUCAGCGUUCAUGCGUGAGCUUUGGGAGCACCAAUGAGCACAUCCAGUCCCAGCUGCUAGACCAUUUAUGGAUACUACGGUAA